GUUCCCAUUUUACAGAUGAGGAAAGUGAGAGACGGAGGGGGAAGUGACUUGUCCAUGGUCGCAUAAUGAGUCAGCGGCAGAGCCAGGACUAGGACCCAGGAGUCCUGACUCCAAGUCCCCCACGCUGAUCACUAGAUCACAGUCUUCCAUGCUGAGCUCCUGCAAGAAGCCAAGAGAUGGAGCCCCCUGGCAUGACCAUCUUUGAAGGGGUGGGGGAUGAAGUAACGGUGGUGACUGGCAUGGUGGUUCUUGUCCUGGCUCUGGUUCUGGCGUGGCUUUCCACUUACGUAGCAGAUGGUAGCAACCUGCUUUUGGGAACUAUUGUAGCUACGGGCGAAUCCUCUGUGAUCCAUCUCAGCCACGUUGAACGGUACGUGGGGAAUUCAGUAACGUCCGAGCCUACUGAGCCCCAGGGGUCUGCUGAUAGUUCAGAAGAAAAAGCAGAAGAGGAAGGGGGUGCGGCAUCCAACUUGGGCCCUGCAGUUGAGCAGGGGGGCAAUGGCAGCACCUCUGACUCCAGCCUCGACCAUCUGCUGAACAUACAAGGCUUGCCCAAAAGGACAUCAGCCAGCGAGUCCAAUGCCCUAGAACGGCCGGGUCAAGAGAGCCAAGGAACCUCGCAAAUGUCACACAUCGGGGAGGAGAGUGAGCCAUGCUCCGGGCUCAUCAAAGUGCGUCUCAAGUUCCUCAAUGACACAGAAGAGGUGGCCAUGGUGAGACCGGAGGACACCGUGGGUGUUCUCAAGAGCAAAUAUUUCCCAGGACAAGAAAAUCAGAUGAAGUUUAUCUAUCGAGGCCAGCUACUCCAGGACCAGGCCCGGACUCUCCGCUCCCUCAAUAUCAUGGACAACUGUGUGAUCCAUUGCCACCUGUCGCAGGCCGCCAGCUCCCCCAUUCCUGACUCGGUGGUCACCCCAGCAGAAGCAGCAGGGCUCACGGUGAACAUAGGGAAUCUAAUGCUCCCUGUCUUCGUGGUGAUGUUGGCUGUGAUCUGGUACUGCCGCAUCAACUACCGCCAGUUCUUCACUGCGCCGGCCACAAUCUCCUUGGUUGGGGUGACUGUCUUCUUCAGCUUCCUGGUUUUUGGGAUGUAUGGACGAUAAGAGGCAAAGUUGGAGGGGUAGAUACUCCUGUCUGUCCCUUUAAUUGGAACCCAGCAUUUGUUUUAUAGCUUGUUUUAAAUGUGCUGUGACAAAUGGUGUUAGGGAAACUGGCCGGGGGCCCAGGGGAUUCCCUGCCCACUCAAAUACUAGAGAACCUUCCGUAUCCAGCAAUGUGGAAGAGACACCCCUAGAAUCACUGUUUGUUUCCUCACCUUGCUGCUGCUUAAUGAGACUUUGUUCCUCCAUAGAAGGGGACAGCUUUGCCAGGUGCUGCUUGUGUGCUCUAACUGACCUGUUUCAUUUAUGUCAUGAGAUGAAUCAUCUCUCCCAAGGCACUGCUGCAACUCCUCUCAGGUAGAGAUGAGGAAAGGGACCUUCUGUCCCUUGCCCCAUGAAUAUCUUUAAAGCAGCCUCAGCAUGUGUACUCUGAGUUUGUCUCAGCUGUUUGAAGGAGUCCCUGUGAAAAGAGCCACUUUCUAGCCUGGCAGAAAGUAACUCCGUAUUCAUGGUUUGUCCUCUCUGCUGUAGAUGAAUGGGCCCUGUUAGAAUGCAGCUGCUGUAGGUUUGCAUGCUUGGGCUUGCUUUAAGAUAGGCCAAACUCCCAAGAAUGGACUCUGUGGUGAUGAGACAGCAUGUUGCCCCGCUGUGAUCCUGCAUGGUACUUCUCUCUCACUUUGCCACUCCUGGAAGGGACUAGGGGCUGCCUUCCUGGAUUAUGUACUGAGCGUGCACUCCACCAGGGCCUAAGCGCUAAAAGUCCCUUUCAGUGGUAUAGGGCUGUCUGGCACCUCCUCACUGCUUGAGCAGGCUUGCUUUGUAUUUAACAUGCUUGGUGCUUACAGUGCUAAUUCUAAAGACCAAAUAUUCUCACUGGUACUUAGUGCAAAUGGGAGGGAGCUAUUUUUAAAGGAAUUCUUUUUAAAUAGAAGGUUGCAAUUUCUGCUGAGUGCUCUUCCCCCUGGGGUAAAAUUGUGCCUACCCCAGACAGUUUGAGACAAAUGUUUAACUUUCUUUAUAGCACUUUCCUCCUUGCCCUUGUUUUCUAUGAAUGCAUUUAUAAAGACAGACCCUACAGUGGAUUUUGUUUAAAGAACAUGUUGAAAGUUG